AAAAAAAUGCAUCCAUGGGAUUAAGAUACAUACAACGAAUCUAAUACUAGUGUGUAUGUAUUUUUAAUGUACACAUUUAAAAGUAUACUAAUAGAAAAGAUCACUAUAGAAUAAUCGAAGAAACAGUCUACAUUGCUGGCAGCUUAAAACAAAAGACUUACUGUGCAAAACACGAUGACACCAUCAAUUGGCGUUUUACCAACGCUUUUCACAGUAAUAUUCAUUAUUUUUAUUGCGCCUCAAGCCGAAUCGACACAAUCUGGAAUAUAUGUCGAUAAUGGUAAAGAUCAGACGGUAAUGCAACGUGUGCUAACCGACGAUGACAAGCUGGAUGUAUCCUAUGAAAUAUUGGAGUUCCUGGGAAUAGCCGAUCGUCCCAUGCAUCAUCGCAACCAUGGGCUGUCCCUAAGAAAAUCGGCUCCAAAGUUUUUACUUGAUGUUUAUAAUCGCAUUACCGCUGAAGAAGGACUCACAAUUCAAAGUAGCAACGAACACAGUCGCUCCAAGCGAGAUCUAAAUGAAAAUGAGCAGAAUUUUAUAACUGAUCUCGAUAAGCGUGCAAUUGAUGAAAGUGAUAUUAUAAUGACAUUCUUAAACAAACGCAAUCACAAUGUGGAAGAGAUGCGGCACGAGCAUGGACGUCGUCUCUGGUUCGAUGUCAGCAAUAUACCCAAUGAUAAUUACCUAAUGAUGUCCGAACUGCGCAUCUAUCAGAAUUCAAACGAAGGCAAAUGGAUGACGACUAAUAAACAAUUUACAGUUACCGUCUACAUGAUCCGAUCCAGCGGAUCGUCAGAGAAUACAUUAGAGCCGCUUUCCUCGGUGAACACAACGGGCGAUUAUGUUGGCUGGCUGGAGCUGAAUGUCACAGAAGCGUUGCAUGAUUGGCGCACCAAUGCGAAUGAGAAUCAUGGGAUCUAUAUCGGAGCACACGCUCUGAAUAAGCCAGAUCGUGAAAUUAAAUUGGAUGACAUUGGCUUGAUUCAUCGCAAGAUCAAGGUGGACGAUGAGAAUCAACCGUUUAUGAUUGGAUUUUUCCGGGGCCCCGAACUGAUCAAGGCCACAGCCUCGCACAAUGCGCAAAGGCGUACCAAACGCAGCACAUUGCAUCAGCGCAAGAAGAGCAAAUCGGAGCCGAUGAAUCCAUUUGCGGAAAAUAUCGUUGAGAAUACACGCAGCUGUCAGAUGCAAACACUUUAUAUUGACUUCAAGGAUCUGGGCUGGCACGAUUGGAUCAUUGCGCCAGAUGGCUACGGUGCCUUUUACUGCAGCGGCGAAUGCAAUUUUCCACUUAAUGCGCAUAUGAACGCCACGAAUCAUGCGAUCGUCCAAACUCUGGUCCAUCUGAUCGAGCCGAAGCGAGUACCCAAGCCUUGCUGUGCGCCGACACGAUUGGGCGCAUUACCUGUACUCUAUCACCUGAACGAUGAGAAUGUGAAUUUGAAAAAAUAUAGAAACAUGAUCGUUAAGUCCUGUGGGUGCCAUUAAAUAUAUCAAUUUAUAUAGUUUGUAAAUCUACAUUACCAUUUACAUGUACUUCCAAUCUCGAAUAUAUAUAUAUAUAUAUACACAUAUAUAUAUAAACCA